AUGUCUACUACUACACAAGAACCAACUAUAUUGUUACCAAUCGUUAUAACUGGACCAUCAGGAGCAGGCAAGGGAACUUUGAUCAAUAGAUUGAAGGAUGAGUUCAAGGGAUCGUUUGGAUUCUGUGUUUCGCACACGACUAGGAAGCCAAGACAGGGUGAGGAGCAUGGUGUUCACUAUUACUUCACAACGAUUCCAGAGAUUGAGGCAGAGAUUGCCGAUGGAAAGUUCAUAGAGAAUGCAAAUGUUCAUGGUAACUACUAUGGUACAUCAAAGAAGGCACUACAAGACGUUCAGGACACUGGCAAGAUAUGCAUACUCGACAUUGAUGUCCAAGGUUGUGAAUCCGUCAAGAAGGCUGCCAUCCCCUGUCUCUUCCUAUUCGUCGCACCACCCUCCUACGAAGAGCUUGAGAAGAGACUCAGAGGCCGUGGCACAGAAUCAGAGGAAUCAAUCCAGAAGAGAUUGACUAAUGCUAGAAUGGAGAUGUCAUAUCAGGAUAGACCUGGUUUCUUUAACCAUGUUGUGAUCAAUGAUAACUUGGACUCGGCCUAUGCCAAUCUCAAGAGCAUUGUCAGCCCCUACAUCAACCUUCAGAAGGUGCUCCAUCCCAACCUGCUCACCACUCAGCAAUAA